AUGUUUCUUAUACGGGGUGACGAUAUCUGUCGGCGUAAUGUUAAGUCACUUCCCGUCGCUAAACACAGCAAAUGCUUGCCGAUAACAGAAACUCUAUUCAUAAACAGAGCAAAGGCCGAGGCAGGGGUUUACCAACAGCUGUUUUUGUCCUUAUCUCCCAUUUUUUUUCUACAUUUUUACAUCAUUUUUUGUUUGUCCUUUUUUUGUUUUUCUCUCUUUAUAUUGCCCUUUUCUUUCCCUUACUUAUUCUGUUUUUUUUUCUUCUUAUUUCUAUUUCCCCACUUCGUUUUUUCUUUACAUUCUUUUCCCUUUACUUUCAUUUUCUUUCUUUCUUUACUACCGUUUUCUUCUUUUUUUAACUCCCUCAUUCUCUUUUUAUCCCCUUUCUUAGCCUCUUUUACGUUUUCAUCUCCUUUUCUUUCCUUUUUCCCAUUUUCUCUUUGUUUUUCACUAGUGCACCUUUUUUAUCACUGA